AAAAGGACCCGUUUGUUUUCUGCCCCACCUCCUCCCAAAAUGGCAGCCUCCAGUCGGGCACAAGUAUUAGAUCUCUACCGGGUGAUGCUGAGAGAAAGCGGCAAGUUCACCUCCUACAAUUACAGAACUUAUGCCAUCAGAAGGAUAAGAGAAGCCUUCAGAGAAAACAAAAAUGUAAAGGAUUCUGCACAAAUACAAGUUCUAGUGAAUAAAGCCAAAAGAAACCUAGAAAUAAUUCAACGACAGACCCACAUUAGUGAAUUGUACUCAACUGACAAGCUAAUUAUCGAGAAACAGAAGAAGCCCAGGACCUAAUCAAGUUGGGUGGCUCUCCAGCAGCAGUCAUGGACCAUCAGCAACAGUCUGUGCCUAAGGAUAUCUCCCAGCAUGCUUUCUGUUGCCUCUUAUUUCACCUUUAAAAAGGCCUUGUUUUCUGCCAAUAGAAGCUGAAAAACUGAAAAAUGUUUCCAGUCUUUUGCUGCCUUAAUGGUAGAUGACAAUUCCUAUGGCUCAUGUGCUAGUCAGUAUAACUGGAGCUCAAUCAAAAUAGUCUAAUAUAUUUUUUCACCUUCAUGUUUUAGUUCAACACUUCUUAUAGAGAAUAUUUCAAAACUGUGUUUCUUGGUCCUUUUGACAAUAAAAAAAAAAUGUAUGUAAGUUGUUGUCUCACUUGUCCUACAGUACUUCCUACUCCAGAUGAAUUUAUCACAGUCUUACUUAGAAACUAAAUUAUGCCUACUACACCUGAUCACAUUCUACUUUUUGACUAUAUUGGCCUCUAAAACUCUCUUAAGACUUUAAAGUGUUUCAGUUUCAUACUAAUACUAAUUCCUUGAUGUCAUAGGCCUGGCAAGGGUAUAGUGAGAAGGGAAAGUCGAAGUACAGAUGAUGAGGAAGCUGGCUUAGAGUAGACACCCCUGGAGGCAGUAUCAAUCAUCGUAAAUAAAAUCCCCAGAUAGAAGAGGAGGAUAUUGUGGGAAAAGCCCACAACUUAAGAGUCUAAAGACCUGGAUUAAAAUACUAUAAGAAUGUAAGCAAUUACUCUUUUUUUUCUGGGCCCUCGCCCACCAGCAGUGAGGUUAUUGGAAGGAUUUGCAGGCGAUAUUUCUUUAGAAAACCUUGUCAUUGAAGUAUGUUAAAAAGAAGGCUAAAAGAGAUGGUAAAGAAUAGAAGUCUGAGGGAGUGCUUCUAAAUUGGGUAAUGACUGUACAGUUGUGGCAUAUAAAUAUGCCGAAAUACUAUUAUACUGAAUUCUUUUCAACAUAAUGAAGCAGGAUUCUAGAGGACUUGCUGCUAGUUGUCUCCUAAUGGAGAAGUGAAGGAUUCAUAAUACAAAAUUAGACCUUUUUUUGGAUGUUGGUUUUUGAUUGACUACACCUGUUUCCAAUGGGUGUUCUUUUUCUUCUAUUCUCAGGUGAGGGGAAAAGCCUGGUAAAAAAUAGAUCUUAUCUGAUUAAAACAAAUAAAACAUGUGUGUAUGGUUUUAUUUUUAAUUUUAAAAAGCAAGGAACGCUAGUUUUAAGCAAUGAGGUGGCAUAAUGAGUGCAUAGAGUCCUGGACCUGGACUCAGAAAGAGCUGAGUCAAAUUCAGCCUCAGAUAUUUACUAGAUGUGACCCUGGGCAAGUCAUUUAAACUCUGGCUGCCUCAGUUAACUCAUGUGGUAAAAUUGAGAUAAUAAUAGCACCUGCCUCAAAGUUUUGCUGUGAAGAUAAAAUAAUAUUUGUAAAGCCCUAAAGCAUUGUAUCAAUGCUACUUGUGAGGAUGAUGAUGAGGUAGAACAUCUGAGUUUGAAUUUUAGAUUUGCAAUAAUAUGUAUGACCUUCGUCAUUUAAACUUCCAUGUGGCUCAAUUGUACAAUGUGUGACCUUGGAGUAUCGUCCCUUUCAUCUGUAAAUCUAUAAUCCUCUGAUUUGCAAAAAGCAAAGAUCAGAUACUUGUGCCCAUUAAAGAAUGCUGCUUUUAGCUUGAGGAGAACAAACAUGAACUCCGAUUCUUGAACAUUUUCAUUUGGCUUUGCGAAGUUCAGAAAGAAUCAGUAAGAAAAGCAGGUUAAGACAUUUUCCAAUUUCCCCCUUACAUUUGUACAUUAUGCUGAAUAAAUGUAUUAUUAAUGACUUGGAGCUUGGGAUAGAAUCAUAUAAAUAUUUACAGGACCUAAAAUAGCAAAUCUGCCAGUGAGCCGGUUUUUAAUUUAAGAUCACAGCAUGGUAGAGCUAGGAGGGACCUUAGCAAUGGAAAAGAGACAAAUGCAGCUCUUUCUCUGUCUCUCCUCUCUUUCUCUCCCUGUCUCCCUGUCUCUGUCUCUUUGUCUCUCCUUCCUUUCUCUGUCUCUGUCUUUCUCUUCUUUCUGUCUCUGUCUUUGUCUCUUUCUCUCUCUGUCUUUUUCUCUCGUUUCUCUCCUCCUUACCCUACAUCCUAUCCUGUGUCUUUAUUGCUUCAGGUGUAAAAGUGAUUUUCCUAAACAAAAGGUUGUAUCAUAUCUUCUUAUUCAAUAAAUUCCAUUCCUCUUAUCCCUCUUUACACUUCCAGGAUCAAAUAAAAAAUUGUCUAUUUGGCAUUCAAAGCCCCUUUAUAACUUAUUCCCAGUCCCCAUCCCUGCUUGGAGAUGGUGCUAUUAUUAUUCCCAUUUUACAAAUAAGAAAACUGAGGCAAAUUAAUUAAGUGACUUGUCCAAGUUCAUAGUGAUUACUUGUCUCAGGCUGUCUCAGAAGAUGAAUUUCGGUCCUUCUUGACUCCAGACCAAGUCCUUUAUUCACUGUGCACUAGCUGCCUUUAAAAACCCAAUCAAACUCUCAUUUUCUACAAGAACCCUUUCCCAACUCUUCAGUUGUGGUACCUUCCCUCCAUUAAACAGUUAUCCUCUAAACAGCUGAUCUGUACUGCUUUGUUUGCUUGUUGUCUUCCUCAUUAAUUUGAGAGUUCCUUGAGGGCAGGGGUUGUUAAUUGCAAUUUUUGAUAUCCCCAGCACUUAGCAUGGAGUCUGAUGUAUAAUAGGCACUUAAUAAAUAUUAACUGAUUGAGGUGGCUAUGUGGGGAGAGAAAGAGGUAUCUAGAGGUAGAGUGAUGGGUAGCACAAUCUCUGGGCUACUUGCCCUUUUGGGAUCAUUUCUAAAAAGAUUGGCUGCUUCUCUGAGAGAAGGGAUUUAAAGAUCAAGGUCUUAAACAUCCAUUUUAUCCUUGAGUCCCCGUGAGAUGGGCUUUGCCGUAGCUAAAUUUGUGGAGAGGCAAGGGUAGUCCAGGCAAGACAGGACUGGUGUGGGGUUAUAUGGGUAAAGAAAGGGGACCGUGCAAGAGAUAGAGUCAACAUAACUUGCCCACUUUGGAAUACUGGGGGUGAGGAAGGGGCCAAGGAUUACUCCAGAGCAAGAGGAGUGCCCUUAACAAAAGCAGGGAAUCUUGAAGAAGGGGGAGGUUUAAUAGAGAGGAUCAUUAGUUCUAAUUUGGAUGCACUGACAUUAAGAUGAAGAAAAGUCCAGAAGGAGAUACCCAGCAGGCAGACAGUGAUGCAGGACUGACCAGUCAGCUUGAUCUGCACGCAGAUAGAAACCAUGGUGGUAGAUGAGGUCACCAAAGCUGCUUCCAUUACUAAAACUUCCAUUCUUCUAAUGCAGAUGAGUUUUGCUAGGUCUUAGAAGAACAAUAUUAUUGUUAUAUAUAUAAGAUCUUAUUAUACGUAUAUAUAAUAAGAUCUUUUAUAUAUAUACGAUCUUGUUAUAUAUAUUUGUUCAUAUAUAUUAAGAACAAAAAUUAUCACACCAAAAAUUCUAUAGUGGUGGCUUGGGUUAGUAACUUAAUCAGUAAAUUAACAAAUUUUUAUUUUGAUAAGAAGAUAGAGUAGAAAGCUUUUUAUGUCACUUGAUCCUAAAAUUCAGUGAUUUUAAGUACUUGUUGAAUGCCUACUUGUGUCUCAAGAUGUAGAAAGUUCAAAUUGGCCUCAGAUUUAACACUUCCUAGUUGUGUGACCCUGGGCAAGUCCCUUAACCCCAAUUGCUUCAGCUAAAUAAAUAAAUAAUUUAUCUCCACAGGCACCGGAGAAUAUUAUGUUUUCUACACUGAUGUUAUGAUCUCUGAUUGUGCGUUUUACUUAAGAUAUGGUUUCUACAUGAACAUAUAAGAAAAUAUGCUUUUUUUUUGGUGAAUUUGUAUAUAAUACUUCAUGUCAGCUGGAUUGUACCCCAAAUAAAAAUCUAUAUAGAAUCAGA